UUUAUGGUGGGCCAACGAUUUAAUGAGCUUAAGUUAUAGGCGUCCCUUGGAAAAAGAUGACCUAUACGUUUUGAAUGACGCGAGAUUGGCUAAAAUUGUUACCGAUAAUUUUGAAGUCGAAUGGAAAAAAGAAACUCAAAAAAUUGCAAUAGGAAAGAAUCCAUCUUUAUUAAAAGCUCUAUACAGGGUUUUAUGGCCUAAAUUUUAUUUAGCAGCUUUUUGUAGAUUUCUUAGUUAUACAUUAAUGGUUGCUUCACCAUUGAUCUUAAAGUUAAUUUUAACCUUUGUCUCUGAUGCAUACUUUUCCAACUUUUAUAACGUCUUAAGUGGAAAAGCAAGAUGCUUAUUUACUAAUGGAAAAAUCACUAAUCUAAUGUCCACUGAUACUACGCAUGUAGACUUUGCAUGCGGUUACAUUCACUUACUUUGGGCUGUUCCUAUUCAAUGUUUUAUGGCAUUGG